AUGUUUAGAAGCAGCGAAAAACGGGCCAAGAACUUCGCGACCGACCUGACGCCCGAGGAGCUCGAGGGGUUGGUACAGGCGCUCAGCGAGGAGCAGAAAGCGCUUCUCCACGAGAUUAAGCAAACGUUCAUGGCAAACGUCUAUGGAAAUGAGCUGCUCUUUGACGACCUUUUUUUCGUCAGGUUCCUGAGGGCCAGGAGUUUUGACCUUAAAAAGACGACCGUUAUGCUCAACAAGUACUUUGCCUGGAGGACCGAAACUGAUGUCCCCAGGAUCAUAACGACUGACAUGACUGAAAUUCGAGAAAAACUUCGAGUACAUCAUCCGCACGCCUACCAUGGAGUAGACAAGAUGGGAAGACCCAUUUAUAUCGAAAGGAUUGGACUCUCCAAUCCAUCAAAAGCAUUGCAUGAACUAAGCACGCAGCAGCUUACAGAGUACUAUGUUCAAAGAUACGAGUAUCGUAGAACAAAUGUUAUGAUAGCCAAAGUGGUCAGAGUAAAUGUAUCUGUCAGGAUGAUAAACAAAUUGAGGUAUAACUUGUAUGAACUAUGGAUAGACAAAGUUACCUAUGGUGGGAAGGACCUUCAGAUAGAAGAUAACGGAGAUGGGCAAUCUCAACUAUUAUCUGUUACACAUACUGAGAUAUUGGAAGCAACAACUUACUACUCUAUUAAACAUGAUACCGGUGAGAGAUUUAUAAAAGUUCCUCUCGCUAUCAGGGUUCAGGAUGCUAGAUAUGAAGGAGCAUUCUGGUAUGAAAACAAGGGUGGAAAUAACUUAACAUGGAAGAGCAUCACUAGUACAGGUGACUUUCCUAGAGAUGAUCCAGGGCAAGGUGGAAAUGAGUUUAUAGACAAGCUAAAUGAUCUAACCUGCCAACUUCAUAAUCUCCAUUCUGUCAACAUUCAUGAGAACGGCGAUUUUAAGAGAGCAUACUAUUGUCCAUGCGGUCAGGCCAAUGUUACCAUAGAGCCUACUUCUAAUUAUACUCCAACAGGUGGAUACAUCUGUUACCUGCAUACAUAUGACCCCAAUGUAACAAGGGUUAUAUAUAGGAGUACUCUUCUUGAAUGGAGAAUGAGCACAAAUGACGAUAAGUACGCUCCAUUUUCACUCAACCAACAAACUCCCACCCUCUAUGUCUUCUACUGGGAUAAAGAUAAGAAGUGUACAAGGCCUCUUAUUAUUGGAGUGUACGUUGGAAAAGACUCUGGAGGCAUACCCGUUCCGGUUUGUAAUGACGGCUACAGUGACAAUAGUAAAUGGACAAUGAUUCCUGAUAGAGUCGGAGAACAUGUAUUUGCAGGGACUCUCCAUGAACAAAAGUGUCGUCUUUUCAGACCUGUAGAUAUAAACAUCUCUGAGAAAGGACCAUAUGCUAACAAGUAUUGCCAAGAUAGAAUCUGUACUAAUGAUGGCUGUCCUAAGAACGUACAAGUUUCUACUCACUCUUUAUCUAAUAUAAAUGGAUAUACCGCCAAGAAACACACUUAUGGAGGAAAACCUUUUACCAUAACUGGCUUCAGAAAUGGUCUCUCUCUUCAGGAGUUAACUCUUCCAAUAUGGGAUGUUACGGAGGUAGUAGUCUUUUUUUCCUCUUCAUGUGGUGAUACCAACACACCUCUCUUGGUCUAUGCUAGUAGUGAUGGUGGAAGUACUAAGAAGUGGUACAGUAGGACUAGAAGGGAUAUGAAUGAGUGGCAAGAAGAAAGGGGUAAACUAAAAGGUGAGAAUCCAGAGACAGCUAAUAGCACCGGUAACCUUAAAAUUGUUCUGGAAAAGAUUAAAGGUAAUCUAAAACUUCAUUGCCAAGGAACUCAGGGAUCUGGUAGUGAAAUUAGAGACUCUGAAGAGGAGAAUAAAGAUGUUCAAAUGCCUCCUCCCCCUCCUCUAUCCGGUACUACCAGUGGAAAUGGUACCAUUUCUACUCGUUCUGCCAUUAUUUGUGGUACUACUCAACCAUUAUCUGGAUUAGAAGGCUCUACUAUUACUAUUGAUACUCUAACUAGUACUCCUGUUCCUCAAUCCUUAUUUGAAAAACAAGAAAAUGAUAUACCUACUGUUCUUCCAGUAGUAGUUGGUAUUGAUACUUUUCCGGUAAAAGGUAGUGGUGCUCCUCUAUCCUUACCUGGAAAAGAAAGUCACUCUGUUUUUAUAGAUCUACCAAUCACUACCACUACUAUUGAACAAGAUCCUAAUACUGCUCCUAUUAAAGCCUCAGACCCUAUUCCCGGAACUCCUGGUCAAGCUUCUCCUCCAUUUCAACCUCAAAAGCCUAAUACUGACCCUAAUAAUAACAUUAAGAUAUCCAUAGGAGUGCCUACGGGCUUUCUUGUUUCUCAUGUCAUGCUUCCGGCGGCCAGCUUAAAGAGUGGUAAAAGAGUCGAGCAGCUCCUAACGAUUUUAGAUCUCAGAGGAUUUCAGAUGAGUCAGAUAAACACAAAAUUGAAGGCCUUUUUGAGCGCAAUGACUCUCGUUACACAAAAUUACUAUCCAGAGCUCCUGGGUAAACUCCUCUUUGUAAAUACUCCUGGUAUGUUCUCAGCCCUUUGGGCUAUCUUCUCGGGUCUUUUGGAUAAAAAGACACUUGGAAAAAUCACUGUUAUAUCUUCCAAGACUGAAUCAAGGGCGAAGAUUCUUGAGCUCGUUGAACCUGAUCAACUGCCAGAGUUUCUCGGUGGUACUCAGCCAGACGAUACAUGGCAAACGAGCCAUUUUGGACCGUGGGGAGAUGAAGAAAUUAUAAAAUCUCUCAGGGACACGAAUCCACAUCUACCACUUGAGCUUUUUGAGCUAAAGUGUUUGUAG